CAGACUACGAAUGGUCUUUGAUGCCUGUCAAAAUUUUGAUUACUCACGGAAGCAAUUUUGCAGUUUCUGAAACUUAAAGUGGAGUUUAUUAUAUUGUAAUAGUUAAACUAUUUAAAUCAUAAUUCAAGAUGUUCCUCACCCGAUCUGAGUAUGACCGCGGCGUCAACACAUUCAGCCCUGAAGGAAGGCUAUUCCAGGUGGAAUACGCGAUUGAGGCUAUUAAAUUGGGUUCCACUGCGAUUGGCAUCUCAACCUCAGAAGGGGUUGUUUUGGCGGUUGAAAAGAGGAUUACCUCGCCUUUGAUGGAGACAACUACGAUAGAGAAAAUUGUUGAAGUGGACCGACAUAUCGCGUGCGCUGUUUCCGGCCUUAUGGCAGAUUCGAGAACUUUAAUAGAGAGAGCUCGUGUGGAGUGCCAGAACCACUGGUUUGUGUACAAUGAGCGCAUGAGCGUGGAGUCAUGUGCACAGGCUGUGUCCAACCUGGCCAUACAGUUUGGAGACAGUGAUGACGACAGCGGCACAGCCAUGUCCAGGCCUUUUGGAGUUGCUGUCAUGUUUGCAGGUAUUGAUGAGAAAGGGCCACAACUAUUCCACAUGGACCCCAGCGGCACUUUUGUGCAGUAUGAUGCCAAAGCUAUUGGAUCUGGCAGUGAAGGUGCUCAACAAAGUUUAAAGGAGGUGUACCACAAGUCCAUGACGCUCAAGGAGGCCAUCAAGUCGGCGCUCACCAUUCUCAAGCAAGUGAUGGAGGAGAAGCUCUCAGAGAACAAUGUGGAAGUGGUGACCAUGACGCCGGGUUCCCUGUUCCACAUGUUCACACGCGAACAGCUGGCCGAGGUUAUUAAAGAUAUACCUUGAGUAAAUGUUGUGUAGAGAGACUGAUGCAUAGUUUGGUUUAUAAUUUUCUGAGCAAAAACAUAAUUUCGUC